AUGUCCUUAACCGUACGCUCUUUUUUAAACCUCCUAAAGGCAACGCCGGUGACUAGCAAUACGGUAAGAAUAGUUUGUGGUAACGAAUCUGCUGAUUUGGAUUCUGUCACUAGUGCAAUCAGCUACGCUUACUUCAGAUUUGUGGAAAACUCAAAGGAUGCCCAACCGAUCAUUCCAAUUAUUAAUAUUACAAAGGAUGAUUUGAAGUUGAGAAGAGAUAUCAUACAUGUGUUGAAUGAUGUUAACAUUGAUGAAGACCUUCUAUUUUUCCUCGAUGAUGUUAAGCAAUGGCAAGAAAGUAACAAAACUAUCGAGGCUGUCCUUGUGGAUCAUAAUGAAGUAGUCAAUGAAGUUAAAAAAUACAUUACAAAAGUUGUUGGUGUGGUUGACCAUCAUAAGGAUAUGGGUCUAUAUUUAGAUGCCUCACCUAGAAUUAUCCAAGUGUGUGGUAGUUGUACCUCUUUAGUGUACAACUAUUUUGUGAAUGAAAUUCUACCGAAGAGUUACCAACCGGGACAUGACGUUACACAAUUAUGUUUGGCUGCCGGUUUAGUUGAUACUACGAAUUUCAGUCAUAGAGUGGAACAUGCUGAUUCAAUUUCCAAAGAGUUAUAUUCUAAAUAUGCACCAGAUAUUGAUAUGGAUAAAUAUACCAAGAUCAUUAAGAAUGCAAAGAAUGAUAUUUCUGGUUUUACAGCAAGAGAUCUACUAAGAAAAGAUUACAAACAAUUUGAAUUCUCGAACACAAAGGGUGUUCAUGAAGGAAAACUGAUUAUGGGUAUAUCUUCUAUAGUGAAACCAAUGGGUUGGUUAUAUGAGGAAUUCGGCGGUCGUCAGGGUUUUAAAGAAGAGUGUAUUAGAUAUAGAGAGGAGAAAGAUAUCGAUAUAUUGACUAUUAUGACGUCAUUUGUACAAAAUGGUAAAUUUCAAAGACAAAUGACAUUGAUACCAUCUGAUGAAGUUAAAUCUCUUGCAAAGGAUAUGAUUAGUAAUAUUGAAGAAUAUCUAAAACUUGAAAAGCCUGAUGUUGGUGUAAUGGGAAAUACAUCAGGAACUUUAGUUAACGAUGAAGAAUUUCAACAAUAUGAACAACAAAAUAUCGAAGCCUCCAGAAAGCAAGUAGCGCCUUCUCUUGAAAUGGCAUUCCAAGAUUUGUGA